AUGGGGGAAUGGCCAUACGGACCAGUGUGGUGUCAGAUAGCGGGGAUAAUCCAUGGAACCUCGGUCACCAUUUCUAUUUGGAGUUUAUCUUUGAUAAGCAUUGACCGGUACCUUGCCAUUAAAAAACCAUUGAGAUAUCGGUCCUUAUUGACUGUUAAACGGACAUACAUUAUUGUGUCGUGUCUGUGGAUUGUGGCUUUGUCAACUUUCUUCCUGCCUUUACCAACAAAAGAUUCAUUUAUAUACUACCAAUUCAGCGAGGAGGAGCUGAUAUGCGGAUUGUACUGGGAAUAUAAGUGGUUUUGUGUUGUCACAGCAGUCUAUAUACCUGUUCUGUCCGGAACCAUUUUAAUAUUCACGAACGUAAGCGUGAUGCGUAAAGUUGUUUCGGUAGCUCGACGGAACAAACAUUAUUCGGCAGCUCGUACCAACGACAUCAAGGCGGUGAAGUUACUCAUCGUAACAUCAACCAUUUAUUUCAUCGUAUGGGGGCCGUACGUCUUGGAAGUGGUCAGUAUCAGUUUGUUUGAUAUCAACACCAUCCCACCAUCUGUUAAAUUUACAACCAUGUGGCUGGCCAACAGUAACAGUUUCACCAACGUUUUUGUGUACUCCUGUAUGUACAAGUCUUUCCGGGAAAGGGUCAAAUUGCUCGCUUAUCCAUUCUUGCCGUGUUCCAUGGCAAAAAACGAAUCUGAAAGUCCAGAUAGAACCGUCCAGAUACAGCUCUCGCAAUAUGAUUGA